AUGAAUGAGAUUUUUCUCGUAUUGGCAGUACUUUCUACUGUAAUUACGGCACAGGUCAGACCAAAACAAUGGGUCGCGGUUACUGGGAAAGUGAAUUGUAAUGGAGUGCCAGCCAAGGGAGUGGUAAGAAAUAAUCUUUAUAUAGGAGUAAGGGAACUUAGAGAUUUAGAACGUGCCCUAAAUUCAGAUUACAGUUAGCAUAUUCUUAGACAUAUCUGAUUGAUUUAAAAAAGGGUUUUCUAUAGCACUUUUUUCUCACUUUUCUUGAUCUAUAUCGUUCAAUAUCUCUGCCAUACUUGGACACCAUUCGCCAAAAUUUUCGUCGGUUCAAAUGGGGCCUAGUUAGACAAUCUGUACGAAAUUUUAAAACGAUCUGAUGAUAUUUGUGAGAACCGCAUUCGAACUUCCACUACUAUGUCAACCGCCUAAAACAAGGUAGAAAAGUCAUCGAAUCUCUUUAGAAAGUCAAAAUCUACGAUGUGGAUGACUGGACUCUGGAUGAUAAGGUCGCCGAAGUUGUCACCGGUGAGGAUGGCGUCUUCCAUCUCAAGGGUUACACCUAUGAAAUCACCACAAUGGACCCAAAACUGAACAUGUAAGUUUACGUAGACGAGAGUCUAAUGAGAAUUGGAUAAUUAAUGGGAAUGUCGCUCAGAAGACUAGACCGUAAAUAUUUACAGAUACCACAACUGCAAUGCUCUCACUCCCAUUUGCUACAUCAAAUUUAAUGUCCUCCUUCCCAAAUCCAUCGUUAACAGAGAGGGCGAACCCACUCAGGAAUACGAUGCUGGAACCUUCAGUCUGGAUAAUACAUUCCCGGGACAAGGAACUGAUUGCCUUAACAAGUGA